ACUAGUGCUAGUAGCAGUUCUAAGAGUAGUGGGGGUAACUUCUGACAUUGGCAGGAUGUGAGAGAAAUGUACUGAGUCUUCCCUAUUUUUCGGACUCAGGGUGUUGCCUCCCUCUCUGCAGAACUCUUUUCCUCUUCUUUCCCUGGUUGAAAAUCAAAGAAUAAUCAUUUGGGCAUUGUGACAUCUAUGCUCAUCAAAGCCUUAAGAGCUCCUGACUAAUGUGUGGCUGGACCGCAACCCAGCAGCCCCCCAAACUCUGGGCUGGAGGCAACGGAGUCCUGCAGCGCCCAAGAGAACUUCUUGCUCUGGGGGUUGUUGAGUGCGGAUCUGCAGAGACCGGGAACGAGAGCAAUGGGGACGUGCCUGGUCUUGCAGGGCAGAGCGAAGCCUUCAGUCAGCCAAUGCUUUGCUGUUGUGCUGGAGUCUGACGAGGCGAACGCAGCCUCUUCCGUGAUAAAAGGACGGAGGCAUGUUGCGCUCACCCUGCCUUGCAAGGAGCAGAAUAGCUGCCUGAUUCCCCAAAAGCUGAGCAGGGUCAGCCCUGAUGACUGUUUAAAGCAGGGGUCUUCAACCCCGGCCCGUGGCCCACUACUGGGCCAUGAGCUGUUUGGAAUCGGGCCGUGGAAGUGGUAGGUGUAGUGUUAAUGCACAAAAAUGGCCAACGUCACACAGAUAUCCAAAGAUGAGCUAGAGGAACUCAGGGAGGCUUUUUCCAAAGUUGAUCUCAACAGCAACGGAUUCAUCUGUGACUAUGAGCUGCACGAACUCUUCAAGGAAGCCAACCUUCCCCUCCCGGGAUACAAAGUCCGAGAGAUCAUUCAGAAACUCAUGAUCGACGGAGACAAGAACAAAGACGGAAAGAUCAGCUUCGAAGAAUUUGUUUACCUCUUCCAAGAAGUGAAAAGCAGUGACGUUGCCAAGACCUUCCGCAAGGCCAUCAAUCGGAAGGAAGGCAUCUGCGCCAUCGGGGGCACCUCCGAGCUGUCCAGCGAAGGCACCCAACACUCGUACUCAGAGGAAGAGAAAUACGCCUUUGUGAACUGGAUCAACAAAGCUUUGGAAAACGACCUGGACUGCAAGCAUGUCAUCCCCAUGAAUCCAAACACGGACGAUCUCUUCAAAGCCGUUGGGGACGGGAUCGUCUUGUGUAAAAUGGUCAACCUCUCUGUUCCUGACACCAUUGAUGAACGAGCCAUCAACAAGAAGAAGCUUACCCCAUUCAUAAUUCAGGAAAACCUGAACUUGGCUUUGAAUUCUGCUUCCGCCAUUGGGUGCCACGUGGUCAACAUUGGGGCAGAGGAUUUAAGGGAAGGGAAGCCCCAUCUGGUUCUUGGCCUGCUCUGGCAGAUUAUCAAGAUUGGCUUGUUUGCAGAUAUUGAACUCAGCAAAAAUGAAGCUCUGGCUGCCUUGUUGUGUGAUGGAGAGACUUUGGAGGACCUGAUGAAGUUGUCCCCAGAAGAGCUUCUCCUGCGAUGGGCCAACUACCACCUGGAGAACGCCGGGUGGCACAAGAUCAACAACUUCAGCUCCGAGAUAAAGGACUCCAGAGCCUACUUCCAUCUCCUCAACCAGAUUUCCCCCAAAGGACAGAAGGAAGGAGAGCCAGAGAUCAACAUCAACAUGUCAGGCUUCAAUGAGAAAGAUGACCUCAAGAGGGCCGAGUGCAUGCUCCAGCAAGCGGAUAGGCUGGGCUGUCGGCAGUUUGUUACCCCAGCAGAUGUUGUGAGUGGCAACCCAAAGCUGAAUUUGGCUUUCGUGGCCAACUUGUUCAACAAGUACCCAGCCCUCACCAAGCCUGAAAACCAAGACAUUGACUGGACGCUGCUGGAAGGUGAAACCCGUGAAGAACGGACGUUCCGCAACUGGAUGAAUUCUCUUGGCGUAAACCCUCAUGUCAAUCAUCUCUACGCUGACCUGCAAGACGCCCUGGUGAUUUUACAGCUCUAUGAGAAGAUCAAAGUUCCUGUCGACUGGAACAAAGUCAACAGACCUCCAUACCCAAAACUUGGGGCAAACAUGAAGAAGCUGGAAAACUGCAACUAUGCAGUCGAUCUAGGAAAGAAUCGAGCCAAGUUUUCAUUGGUCGGCAUUGGCGGGCAGGAUCUCAACGACGGGAACUCGACCCUCACCCUGGCUGUAAUCUGGCAGCUGAUGAGAAGAUACACUCUGAAUGUUCUGGAGAACCUCGUAGAUGGUCAGAAAGCAAAUGAUGACAUUAUUGUAAAUUGGGUGAACACGACCUUGAAAGACGCUGGGAAAUCAAGUUCUAUCCAGAGCUUUAAGGACAAAAGUAUCAGCAGCAGCCUGGCCGUGGUGGAUUUAAUUGAUGCUAUUCAGCCUGGCUGCAUAAAUUACGACCUGGUGAAGACAGGCGACCUCUCCGAGGAAGACAAGCACAGCAAUGCCAAGUACGCUGUCUCCAUGGCCAGGAGGAUCGGCGCCCGCGUCUAUGCCCUGCCAGAGGAUGUGGUGGAGGUGAAGCCCAAGAUGGUGAUGACCGUGUUUGCCUGCCUGAUGGGCCGAGGGCUAAAGCGUGUUUAAAGAGCAAAGACCCCCAGCCUGGCCUCCUCCCCACCCCCAGCGCAGAAGUGCUCUGCUCCGCUUCCAGAAAGGUGGACUCUCUUUGGCUGAAGGACUCUCUGUUGGGCUUGGCAACCCAGACCCGGAGAGGCCUCGGAGAGGGGAUGGGGAUCAGUCCAGCCCCCUCCCUCCCUCCCUCCCUCCCUUCUUCCCUCCCCCAGGAAUUUCAAGGUUGCAUCUCCUCAAGUGCCCAAGGGAACAACAAUCCGCACUCAUGCCGGUGGCCGGCACACCGACCGAAGCUUCCUUUCCUCGUCCGGAGGGGCAGUUUUUGGGAGAGUUGCCAGUCAGGGGAUUGGCCUUAAGGCUCCGUCUGGCUCUCCUGUCUUGAAAGGAUAAAGGAAAGGAAAGAAAGUUUCCUUUUAAAAAAAAUUGAAGUUUCUAGAGGUUCAAGGGUUUGAGAUGAGCUUGAGUUUUUUUUUUUUUUAAUCUAACCUGCUGUUCAGUCAUGGGUGCAAAUGCAGCAACAUUUUUAAGCCACACCUUAAAAGGAAACAAAACAAAAACCACUUAGUAGAAAUCAUACAAGAUAGGCAAGAUGGCAUAAAGGCUCUUAUUUUAAAUAACUUAUCCUGCCGUUGGAAGCUAAUUUGGCACACUCCGUUCUUCACGAUUUGGUCACAGAGAGGGAGCCGUGCCACUGGAAGUUUUAGGCAACACCCCAACUGUCUCUCACUUUCAGUCCUCCUCCCAAAGGACUAGAAACUUGGUUUGGUUCUGAUUUCAGUGUGAGUUUCCCCUUUUGGGAAGCGGCAUUUGGUGCCCAGCUGCCCCUUGUGGUGUUCCUGUGGAGCAGUGGCACAGGGGCUGCUCUGCACCCGGUCAGGUUCAAGUUAGGUGCAGUUCGAACGGCCGGUGAAAGGGUACUUGCCAAGCUCAGUCUUCCUGCAGCCUUCUGAAGCCACGGUGCUGCUCUUAUUUGCCUUUACAGCACAACAGUGUUGUUGCUUCCCUUUUCCGACAAAAGCACAACAGGUUUUCCUUUGUGCGAGUUUUUUAUUUUCACAUUACUCAUUUUUAUGCAAGGUACCAUCUUCAAAGGUUACCGCCUUGCCUCAGCUUAACUGAACCCAGAGAACCGAAUUGAUGCAAUUUUUAUGUGUUGCCUUGGUUUGUUUUAUAUUUUGCCUGGACAUAUUUUUUUAAGUUUUGUUUUUCCAAAAACUGCAUGUAAACCAUUUUUUAAAAAAGAAAAAAAAAAUAAGAUAUUUAAGUUGACAUGAGCUGUUUGUUACAAACUGUGUGAGAAGGGUGCCACAGGUGAGACCAGGCCCAUUCUGCAAGAGGCAGGGACUAGUAACUUGAAGAGCAGAAUGUGCCAAGAUUAAAGAAACUAUUUUUAUAAAUAAAAUGUUAUCACCAAAGAAAAGACUUUUAUCCAUAGGAGCAAGUAUAUUCUGGCUUUAGCAAGCUGUUAGCUACCCCUGAGAUCAUCUUGUUAUAUAUUCACAGCCUUGGAUUAUGGUGACAAAGCAGCUAAUGAUGAAAUAAAAAUGGUUCAUAAACCUGU